AUGGCAUCGACCGACAGGCAGACCGAUCGUGAAACCGAUCACGGUGUGGACAUCGCUAGACCCUCAGAAAAGGAGCGAGACGCCGUACAAGCAUCCAGCAAUGGAGUUCCUACGACUGACGCUGACAAUAACUCGGAUCAGGAAUCUCUUGAUCAUGAGGCUCAGGCUGGUGUUAAGGCUGUCCAAGCUGCCGCAGCUGUGUGGACCAAAUCUCAAUUGGUUUUGGCAUAUGUGAUUAUCUGGUUCAUCUAUUUUGUCACAUCGAUUCAAGAGGUUGUCAUCCGCUCCCUAAACCCAUAUGUGACCAGUGCCUUCAGUCUUCAUUCCUUGACGGCUGCCACGAGCAUUAUGUCUAAUAUUAUUGGAGGGUUGAGCAAAAUUCCUCUGGCAAAGAUUUUGGACUCGUGGGGUCGUCCCCAGGGUAUGGCGUUGAUGCUUUUUAUUUGGGUCAUCGGUUUCAUCAUGAUGGCGGCUUGCGAUGGUGUUCAGACGUAUGCUGCCGCGCAAGUUUUCUCUUCUGUCGGAUCUCAGGGUGUGAGCUAUUGUCUCACAGUUUUCAUUUCCGAUACUUCUGCAUUGAAGAACCGAGCUCUUAUGUUGUCCUUUGCAACUUCGCCGUACAUCAUCACCACAUGGAUUGGUGGUCCAAUUUCCCAGAGUGUUUUGGAAGGCCCCGGAUGGCGCUGGGGCUUUGGAAUCUUUACCAUCGUCGUACCUAUCGUGGUCGCCCCUCUGUGCAUCUUGUUCUUGUUGAACCAACAAAAGGCAAAGAAACUUGGACUCUUGGCUCCUCCAAGUGGACCUCUCACUAUGUCUACGGUCAAGAAAUACUGCAUUGAGGUCGACCUGAUUGGAAUCAUCCUUCUUGCGGGUGGUAUGGCUUUAUUCCUCCUGCCCUUUAGCCUGUGGUCAUACCAAGAAGAUCAAUGGCGGUCUCCAAUGAUCAUUUGCAUGAUUGUAUUUGGAGGACUUCUCCUCAUCGCAUUUGCUCUUUACGAAAAGUUCUGGGCUCCAGUGACUUUCAUUCCAUUCAAUCUAUUGAUGGACAGAACUGUAUUCUUUGCAGGGCUCAUGUUUAUCUUUGAGUUCUUCAACUCCAUGGUCUGGGGCAGUUACUUUGGCUCAAUGUUGCAGGUGGUCUGGGGUCUCAAUGUCACAGAGGCCAGUUAUGUAUCUGCCAUUUAUCGAGUCGGAUCAUGCCUUUGGUGUCUACUCGUCGGAUUCCUGAUUCGUUGGACCGGUCGCUUCAAGUGGCUCGUUGUCUACUUUGCCAUGCCACUCAUGAUCCUCGGCGUCGGCCUGAUGAUCAAGUUCCGUCAGCCAGAUGUGAACAUAGGCUAUAUCUGUAUGACACAGAUUUUCGUCGCAUUUGCGGGAGGAACUGUUGUUGUUUGUGGAGAGCUUGCUAUGAUGGCGCCCUCUGACCACCAACACAUUGCCGUCAUACUGGCAAUUCUCAAUCUGUUCUGCAGCAUCGGUAGUGCAAUUGGCUCUACCGUUUCUGCCGCUAUUUGGACCAGCGAGUUCCCGAAAGCACUCGCAAAAUAUGUACCCGCCGAUGUGAGUGUCGCGAAAGUCUACUCCGAUAUCAAUGCCCAACUUUCGUACCCUUGGGGAAGCACCGCUCGGAACGCCAUCGCCCACGCGUACGGUGACGCUCAGCGAUACAUGCUCAUCACUAGUGUCUGUAUGCUUGCUGUUGCUUGGGCCUGUGCUGGCAUGUGGAGAGACAUCAGGAUCAAGGAUGUCAAGCAGGUUAAGGGUACUGUGAUCUAG